AUGGCCUCGGGGCCCUCAACAACCGAAGGCUCCACCUUCACACCCAACAUCCCCUCCGAGCCCGUCGUCAAAGCCACAGACGACAUCUACAUCGAGCUGACCCCGCACGACCUGGACUCGCGCGCACUAACAACGUUUGUGCGCUCCCCCUCCGCGGGAGCGACCGUACUCUUCAUCGGCACGACGCGCGACUCGUUCAACGACCAGCCCGUCUCCGCGUUAGCAUACACCUCCUACACGCCGCUAGCCAUGAACACGUUGUACAAGAUCGCCAGCACGAUCCUGCAGAAACAUAACUGCACCAAGAUUGCUAUCAGCCACAAGCUGGGCGAGUGUCCGAUUGCAGAAGAGAGCAUUGUCAUUGCGGUGAGUGCGCCGCAUAGGAAGGCGGCGUGGUUGGCGGGCGAAGAGGCGUUGGAGAUGACAAAGGACAAGGCGGAGAUUUGGAAGUUGGAGAAGUUUGAGGGUGGGGAGGGGGUCUGGAGAGCGAAUAGGGAUGGGGCUGUGGGGACGAAGGUGCCUAAAGAGGAGAAGGAGCUACCGAAGGUGUAG